AUGGUGACGGGCGAGCGGGAUGCGACGCCGCCUCUGUGGCCUGUGGAGGCCCGCUUGGCGGCGCUGCUUCCCGACCUACUGGUCUUUCGGAAGUCCCGGGGAUUGGAACCCGAGCUCGCCACGGCCCAGGGCGUCCUCCUAGGCGUCCAUGUGACGGGGUUUACAGCAUUAAUGGACAGGUUCAGCCUGACCUGCAAGUCGGAACGUGACAUGGACAAACUGGCCCACAUCUUCAGUUAUUACAUUAGUGACAUCGUGGAGCAUGGUGGGUCAGCCUCUCUUCUCAGGCUACAAGAAGAAUUAUCCCUACCACAAACUGAGGUGUUGGAAUUUGGAGUGCCUCUGCUACGGGCAGCUGCUUGGGAGCUCUGGCCCAAGGAACAACAGAUAACUCUGCACCUUGAAUGUGCCUGCUUUCUCCAAGUUUUGGCCUGCCGCUGUGGGAGCUGCCAUGGAGGAGACUUUGUCCCCGUUCAUCGUUUUGCAGUUUGUUCUACUAAGAAUUCCAAGGGAACCUCUCGAUUCUGUACUUACAGAGAUACUGGCUCAGUGCUAACACAGAUAGUUUUCAGUUCCAGACAAAACCAUCCAGAACUCAGGAGGCCUUCUCAAGUGAAUGCUGCAGAGGCCUUCUUUUAUUUGAGGAAGGCAAGCAGUCUUCCGGGCCAACCCUCAGCAUUUUCAUUUUUGAAAAAACAGAAGGUGAAGAUCUGUCAGUUUGAGGAGGCCACUUUCUGCCAUCUUCUGUCAGAGGUCUGUGUCAACAUGGGACAUAUCACUUUAGCCAAAAAAUUGGCUAGGAAAGCCCUUCGACUGCUGAAAAGGAAUUUCCGAUGGACCUGGUUUGGUGUCCUUUUCCAGACAUUCCUGGAAAAGUGUUGGCAUUCCUGUACCCUGAGCCAACCUCCAAACGACCCUAGUGAGAAUAAGAAGAAUUUGGCAGUCCUGCAGUAGCAGGUACAUUGCCUCUCCCUACUCUGGCAGCUCUAUAACCUGGAGGCCACAGCCAGUAGCUACAGGUUUGCCUGCCUGGCUACUCUUAAGCAGAAGAAUUCAGCCGAUGAGUUUGCAAAUGAAGCCCAGGUAAGCAAGUCCUUGCUUUACCUUUGGACCUCACUCAGAAACCAAGUUCCUGGUUUUAGCAUGGUUCUCCAGUAACCCAGACAACACUGAUCAUGUGUUCAAGCGAGGUUUCUCAAUUUGCAGUUUAUAGAUGGGUUUCCAGCUAUGAGAUUAUCUGUGAACUCCCUGAACUGAAUGCAGAAUUUUAUGUGUAUAUUCAAAAGAACCCUUGGGGGUUGGCAGGAGGAAGAAAAGGGGUCAUAGCUUUCAUCAGAUUCUCAAAGAAGCCUGUGAUCUAAAAAAGAUUUAAAACUGCUGACCUAGGAAAAAACAAAAGAAAGUGUGUCUUCCUCAUUUUAGUGUCUUAUCUUUCUCUCUGUCUUAUCCACAUAACAACUAACUAUUUGGUGAACACCUAUUAUAUGCCAGGCACUGAUCUUGACUCCAGGGAAAUAUAAUAAGUAAAAUAUACAGUAUGUUAGGUGAUAAUCAAU